CGGAGGCCACCCCUGGCCGUCCCACGUCACGUGCAGCAGAGUCCGUCGUCGGCAGUUGUUGCUCCGUUGCUUUUGUAAACAGGCGCAGGCGCACUCAGGCGGUUGCGCCUCACGGGGGUACGUUUCGGCAGGGACUUUUGUCCGCCGUGCUUCUCAGCGGAAGGGCAAAGUGAAAUGCUUUGAUUUCGCUGAUUGUUCGAUCACACGCCAUCUGACAGCGAACGCGGCUGGUCGUCCUCGCUCCGCAAGCGGAACACAGCCAGAGACAUCCAAACAAUCUUUCGAAUCGGUUCGAUUUUCGUGACGAGUUCGAGUGUCGCGACUCGCGAGUGAUUCUGUGAAUAAAACUGAACGAAACUGAACUUAAACAACAAUAAACAAUAACAAAUAAAAUAAAAAGAAAAGACACUGAGAUGUUGGAGUUCUACCCGAUGCCCACGAAUCUGAAUCCAGUCGGUGGCGGCUUGUAUUCGCUGCAACAGAACCAUGGAGGUGCUCGGUUCCUGGACAAUCCGAAUCCCAAUCCUGGCAACAGUGGCAGCAACACCUUGCACCUCAGCACCACCAACAACAACAACAACAACAACAGCCAUUUAGGAAACAACAUUUCCGGCAACAACAGCCCAACGGCUUCGUUAACGGGUCCCCUAAUUUCCGCACAACAGCAGCAACUCCACCAGCAUCAUCCGCAGCAGCAGCAACACCAGCAACAGCAACACGCAGUCUCGACCACGCCAGUGCCAAUUAACAGCUGCCCCACGCCCACAGGACAUAGUCCAAGCAAUAACAACAACAACAACAACACGGGCAACAGCAAUCACUCCGCCUGCAACACAUUAACAGCUGCUGCUGUUGCUAAUGGUGUUAGAGCUGCCACACCAGCAGCUCCCUCAGUCGCCACCUCGCAAUUAGGCGGAGCAGUUGCUGCCGCUGUUGCUGCUGCUGCCGCGGCGGCUGUUGCUGCUGCAUCGGCAACAUCGACAACGGGCACACCAACGGCCACUCCAACCUUGACGCCAGCCGCCACAGGAGCCGGAAAUGGAAAUGGAGCUUCUGCUGGAGCCGGAGCAACAUCGGCCGCCCCACCGAAAUUGUCGGCCGAUUGUAGUGGACGCACAGAAGUGGGCCACAUCAAGUGCGAGAAGAACUUCGAGCUGUGCGAGGGCUGCGGCCAGAAGAUCCACGACCGCUUCCUGAUGAACGUCGGCGAGGCCAACUGGCAUGAGCAGUGCCUCGCCUGCUGCUACUGCGGCCUGCAGCUCCACCACACCUGCUACGUGCGCAACUCGAAGCUUUACUGCAAGAUGGACUACGACCGGCUGUUCGGGGUCAAGUGCGCCUCCUGCUGCCACGCGAUCCUGCCCCAGGAGCUGGUGAUGCGCCCCAUCCCGAACUUUGUCUUUCACCUGCCCUGCUUCGUGUGCUAUGCCUGCCGACUGCCACUGCAGAAGGGGGAGCAGUUCCUGCUGCGGGACGGGCAGCUCUUCUGCUACCGCCACGACCUGGAGAAGGAGAUGUUCUUGGCGGCGGCCGCGGCCCAGCACUGCGGCUUCGUGGGCCUGGAUGAGGAGGACCUGCUGCGGCCGCGCGAUGGAAGACGUGGCCCCAAGAGACCCCGCACCAUCCUCACCUCGCAGCAGCGGAAGCAGUUCAAGGCCUCCUUCGACCAGUCGCCCAAGCCCUGCCGCAAGGUGCGCGAGGCCCUGGCCAAGGACACGGGCCUCUCGGUGCGCGUGGUGCAGGUCUGGUUCCAGAACCAGCGGGCCAAGAUGAAGAAGAUCCAGCGCAAGGCCAAGCAGAACGGCGGCUCCGGGGGUGGCGGAAGCGGUCGGGGAGCCGGCAACUCCAGUGCCACCGACGACAAGGACACCAACGACAAGGAGGACAAGUGCGUCAAGCAGGAGAUUGGCGGCGACAGCUCCGGUUAUCUGGGCGGCCUGGACAGCACCUUUGCUAGUCAGCCCUUGAAUCCGAACUUGCCCUUCUCGCCGGACGACUAUCCGGCCAACUCGAACGACAGCUUCUGCAGCUCGGACCUCUCGCUGGAUGGAAGCAACUUCGACCAGCUGGACGACGACGCGGACUCGCUGUCGCUGAACAACCUGGAGCUGCAGUCGACCAGCUCCUCGGGCAACCAGCACUCCCACUCCCACUCGAAUCCCCACGACAUGCUGGCCAACCUGAACAACAGCCUGAUAAACCCCAUCGACAAGCUGUAUCUGAUGCAGAACUCCUACUUCAGCUCGGAGCACUAGAUGGACAAGAGAUACGAUGCGAUCGAGAGGCAGAGACGAAUUUAUUAGCGUUAGAGUUGCAGGCUCCGAUCGGCUAGGGAUCCCUCAGUCCUUCAGCCCCUACCCAGAAGCAGAGGACAUCCCGGCAGCUGUUACUUUACAUCCGUAGCGACGGCAUUGAGUUGAAGUUGUAGAACAAGAUACAUGAAAUGUGAUUUUUUUAAGCUAAUUGAAAUUUUAAGAUUCUUGAAUUGUGGCGAUAUGGAAGAAGGACGAAACUGGAAUAGCAGUACAUUUUGUUGUUAGUCUAGACUCUAGAGGCAAACAAGAAGAAAUUAAUGUAGAACAUCUGAGAAAUUAACACGAAAACACGUCAUUGUGCCCCCUAUGUUUGUAAAUAGUUUUAGCCCCACGGAAAUUGUUAUUAAAUGUAAUUUAAAAGUCAAUAAUUGUAUUAGCAAGUGCAAUUUAAUCUGUUCCCCCUAAAAUAUACAUCUUA